AUGCAUGCUAAAUUAUUUAUUAUCGAAUUUGAUGAUUUUAUUAGAAUUGUUGUUUCAUCUGCUAAUUUAACUGACUUUGAUUGGAGCUUUUUUAAACAAUGUAUUUGGAUACAAGACUUUCCUAAAAAGGAAAAUAUAUCUAAUAAUAAUACAAAUCAAUUUGAAAAUACACUUGUUGAAUUUUGGACAAAAUUAACAGAUGGUAUUCCAGGUAAUUUUUUGAGAAAAUAUGAUUAUUCAAAUGCUAAAGGUGAAUUAAUACCUUCAAUUCCUGGAUAUCAUACAAAUAUAGAAAAAGAUAAAUAUGGACAUUUAGCAAUUAAAAAAGCAAUUGAAAGAAUGAAUUUUACUAAAAAUGAAAUAUUAAAUUUAAAACAAUCACCAUUAUAUUAUCAAAUGUCAAGUAUUGGAUCAAUGAAUUUAGAUUGGAUUAAAGAAUUAAGUUCAAGUUUUUAUUUAAAAGAUUGUAAUAAUUUUAAUAUAGUAUUUCCUAGUUUGGAAAGUGUAUCUUCAAGUCAUUUUGGACUUAGAUGUGGUGGAAUGAUACAUUUAAAAAGUAAAACAUUUGAAACUUCAACAUUUCCAAAACAUUUAAUGACACACUACUCACCAAAUCAGGCAAAUCAUUUAGCACACUCUAAAAUAUUACUACAUUUGGAAAAUUUAAAAAAUGGUUAUAUUUUUGUUGGAAGUCACAAUUUGAGUCAACCUGCUUUGGGUAAAUUACAAAAAAAUGGAACACAAUUAUAUAUUUCAAAUUAUGAACUUGGAGUUAUUUUUAAAUUAAAUAAUUUUAAUUCAGAAAAUAAUUUAGAAAAUAAUUCACAAGAAAAGGAAGUAAAUAAUGAAAAUUUAGAUAAAUAUUGUAAAUUAAAUUUACCAUUUAAAAUUCCAACCAAGAGAAUGGAUUUAAAACAUGAUUCACCUUUCAUUUUAGAAACUGUUCAAGAUUUAUUAGAUUAA